AAAAAAAAAAAAAGAAUCCCCGCAAUUUAUUACACAAAAAACGUCAAAAAGGAAACAAAGUGUUGACUGAUGAGUCCCUGUCCAAGUGAGUUGAGUUCUUGAUAUUCAAUUACCAUGGAGUUGCUAACCCCUUCUCCUCCAAAUUUCCCUUCUAUGGCCACUUUCAGACGUGGGUUUUACAGAACUAGCCAAAUUAUGAUCACUCCUCAAUCAACUGAAAUUGUUGAAGAAGAAGAACAACAAGGGUCUCAAAAAGUAUAUGUAGCAGUUGGGAAAUCUUUUGAUAGAGCUGUUGCUUCACUUCAAUGGGCUUUUAAGACAUUUGGGAACUCCGAGAUUUGCAUUCUUCAUGCUCUUGAACCUUCUUCAUAUAUACCUACUUUGUUGGGAAGAUUGCCAGCUAUUCAAGCUAAUGCAGAAGCGGUAUCUGCAUUUCGAAAUGCGGAGAGAGAAGGGGCUAGGAAACUUCUAUCUCGUUGUUUGAGCGUAUGCUGCAAAUCAAAGGUUAAAGCAAGUGUUGUCAUAGUUGAAGCAGAUCAAGUCCUAAAAGGAAUUCUAGAUUUUGUCAACAAAAAUAACAUCAGAAAGCUUAUAAUUGGGGCUAUACCAGAUUGUGCGAAGGUUAAGAAAAGCUCCAGGAAAGCAAGUUAUGCUGCCACAAAUUUCCCUUCAUUCUGUGAAAUAUUCUUUGUCUACAAAGGAAGAUUAAUCUGGAGUAGACAACCUCCUGAAUGCUCAAGCUUCAUUGAACCUAUCUCUCCUAAUACUCGAGUAACGGCAGUUGAUGUAUGCGGUUUAAGAUCUCGGUCUCUAAAUUCUUGCAAGAACGAGGUUAUCCUCUCCCCAGAACGUGCUCGGUCAAGCUUGUCUAGGGACCUGUUGUCAUCUGGAAUUAAAAGUUCAAUUCUUGAAGACAAGAUUUCUGAUUUACAGUUCAACAACAUUUCUUCUACCAGCAGAAGCAAUCUGAUUAGUGUUCCUAGUUUAUCUAUGUCAACAAGUUCUACUCUUGAUACCAGUUGUGCUACUUCUGCUGAACAAAUGGUGUCUGCUGAUGUGGAGAUGGAAAGUUUAUACAAACGGCUGGAAGAAGUCUGCAAAGAAUUUGAAUCAUCAAAGAAAGAAGCUUAUGCAGAGAGGCUUAAGCGCAAAAAACUGGAAGCUGAAGCUGAGGAAGCCAUCAGAAAGGUAGAAGCCUUUGAAUCUGCUCAUGCGCAUGAAGUUGAACUGAGGAAGGAAGCUGAGGUUGCUCUGGAAACUACAUUGCUGGAACAAGAAAAUCUCUUGAAGGAGAAAAAAGAGAAAACUUAUGAGCUGCGCAAGGCCAUGAGAAAUAUAGCCCUCCUCGAUAGUCGUGUACAGCACAACAAUCAGCGAUCUGAAGAAAUUGGUCGAGAAUUGACGUUGAUUCAUUCCUCCAUAGCAACUCUCCAGCAGGAGAAGCAGAAACUUCAGCAGCAAACCACUGAAGCCGUGCACUGGAUUAAUUCGUGGAAGAAUCGUGGAAAAGAUGGAGGACUAAGUGCAAAUGACUUGACUGAGUGCUCUGUAUCACUUGAGUUGGUUGAAUUUUCACUCUCCGAUCUGCAGACAGCAACGUGUGACUUUUCUGAGAGCUUCAGGAUUGGUCAGGGAGGAUAUGCUGAUGUGUUUAAAGGAGAACUCUCAGAUAAAACCGUUGCCAUUAAGCAGUUGCAUCCACAUAAUAUGCAACGGCAGUCACAUUUUUUUGAACAGGUGGAAAUUCUAGCUAAGCUACGUCAUCCUCAUCUGGUCACAUUACUUGGUGUAUGUCCAGAAGCUUGGUGCCUUGUUUAUGAAUAUUUUCCUGGCCUGAGCCUCCGAGACCGCCUGUUUUACAAAAACAACAUUAGUCCCAUGAAUUGGAAGAUGCGAGCACAAAUUAUUGCUGAAAUUGCAAGUGCGCUUCUGUUUUUGCACUCUUCCUACCCUGAAAAGAUUGUACAUGGGGAUCUGAGGCCUGAGAAUGUGCUCCUUGAUUCCACCGGCAGCUGCAAAAUAUGUGAUGUCGGGAUAUCUAGGCUGAUUCCUAAACAAGCCCUACGAUGCCCAAGUUUUGAUCGUCUUAGUGAACCAAAGGGUCUCUUUUCCUACACUGAUCCUGAAUUUCAUGUAACUGGAACUCUGACACCUAAAUCGGACAUUUACGCACUUGGACUUAUUAUCCUUCAAAUGCUCACUGGAAAAACUGUAGCAGGACUAGUGAGUGAAGUACGCAGGGCAGUCUCAUGUGCACAAUUAGAGUCUCUUUUGGAUUCAUCUGCUGGAGAAUGGUCUACAUUUGUGUCAAGGAGGUUAGCACAACUGGCGUUGCAAUGCUGUGAAGUAAACAGUAGGGAUAGGCCUGAGCUGGCACUGGCCCUUGUAAUGGAGCUACAGAAUUUGAAUAAGUUGGAAGAGCAAUCAGUGCCCUCCUUUUUCUUAUGUCCAAUUCGUCAGGACAUAAUGCAUGACCCUCAGGUCGCUGCAGACGGGUUCACAUAUGAAGGAGAGGCCAUUCAAGGAUGGCUGGGAAGUGGUCAUGAUACUUCUCCGAUGACUAAUUUGAAGCUAAGCCAUUUGGAUCUAACUCCCAACCAUGCUCUACGACUUGCUACCCGAGAUUGGGUCUGCAACUUAUAAAUCCUCAGAUAGCAGUAACGUAGAAUUUUGUAAAUCAAUAUGUAUGUAUUCUAGGAGCCUAGGAUACACAGGUAAGCUUAGAACUAGCCUUGCAAAUACAUGGAAAAUAACCGCGUAUCAUAGGAUCUCUUAUACAACAAAAUGGAAAGACAUUGUGUUGAUAACAGUCUAAGAGAACAUUGAAAUUGUCUCAGGGACAAUGUAAUAGUUAUAAAAAUAUAGACUGUUUUUAUGUACUCU